AUGUAUUAUUCCGCAGUACAGCGAAUAAUGUUAUCAGUGAUACUUCUUAUCAGCUGGUUAUGUCAUAUUACAUUAGCGAUGAUUAUUCCUGCACUGCGGAAUAAACAUCCGGAAAAUGUUCCGGAUAAGGUAGUUCUCGAAAGGAAUCUUGUCAACAAUAAUUCUGAUAGAAUAUUACCAAUAAGCGGAACAUUUAAUCAAUACUUGGAUAAUAAUGUACGAAUAGUUGAAGGCGAUAUCAUGCUUACAAAGCAACAAGAAGAGAUUUGGAAUCAAGUAUUCGAUUAUUUUAUGACAUUUUCAAAUCAAACAAACAAAAUGAGACGAGAGAAACGACAAGCUUAUCACGCUGAUAAUUAUUUUUGGCAAAAUGGCAUUGUACCGUAUCGAUUUGAUUCAAAACUUUCACAACAUGCCAAAGAUAUUAUAAUGAAAUCGAUGGAAAAAUGGGAAAGUAAUACAUGCAUUACAUUCACUCCAACUAGUAAUAAAAAAAAUGCACUCGUUUUUGUUCGAGGAUCAAGUUGUUCCAGUUAUAUUGGUCAUAUUUUACAUUGGACAAAGCAACCAGUUUCGAUUGGUCACAAUUGUGAACAUAUUCAUACAAUUUCACAUGAAAUCGGCCAUGCAUUAGGCUUUUUACAUACUCAUACUCGAUCAGAUCGUGACCGAUAUAUUUGGAUUAAAUUUAAUAAUAUCCAAGUUGGUUUAUCGCCAAAUUUUGUGCGCACAUCACAACAAGAUAAUUAUAAUUAUGGUCUUCCAUAUGAUUAUGGUAGUGUGAUGCAUUACAGUAAGAAAGCGUUUACUAGUAACAGUAAUCCAACAAUUAUUCCCCGGAUAUCCUGGUACGAGGAUACGAUGGGUAGUGGUACUGGGCCAACAUUUAUCGAUAUUCUCAUGAUGAAUACACAUUAUAAAUGCUUAGGUGUGGCUAUUUUCAUUUGCUAA